CAAUGAUAACACGAUCCUCAUUCGAUUCCAACUCAACAUAGACACACAUGACAUGAGCUCCAUUGGAGCUCACAUUCGAAAAUGGCGAUCGCAAAACCACUUUAUUCACCUCCUCCGACGGUUCACUGCCUCAUCUUCACCGGCGGCGACGCCUUGUUCCAGCCGCAGAUCUUGUGGCGGAAGAGCAAAGGCUCUCUGUUUCCGAUCUCGGUGAAAGUGUCGUCGAGAGUCAAGUGCCUCACGAAAUCGACGGAGGAGAGGGAGUGGAGCGAGUCCGAAACCCUAACCAGCAAUGGCGAUGGCGAUGAUACUGGAGAUGAGGAUAACAAGGUUCAGGAGCCUUAUAGGCGUGAUAAUAAUGACUUUGUUCAGCAGCAUUCAGGUUUGACUGGUUCGCCCAGGAUCACUACAGCCUCGUCGAGUGAUUCUCUGUCAUUGGGAAUUCGUGAGCCAGUUUAUGAGGUGAUAGAAGUAAAGUCCUCUGGGUUGGUAUCUACUAGAAAAAUAAAUAGACGGCACCUACUGAAGUCAAGCGGUCUUCGUCCUCGAGAUAUCCGUAGUGUUGAUCCAUCAUUGUGGUUGACAAACUCAAUGCCCUCUUUGCUGGUCCGUGAGCAUGCUAUCCUUUUGAAUUUGGGUUCAUUGCGGGCUAUAGCAAUGCAAGAGCGUGUCCUCAUAUUCAACUAUAACCGUAAAGGAGGGAAAGCUUUUAUAGAUACAUUGUUGCCUCGGUUAAAUCCUAGAAACACAAAUGGAGGACCAUCCAUGCCAUUUGUGAUUGAGGUUGUUGAAGCAGCCUUGAAUUCACGAACGCAGAGACUGGAGCGGAGAUUAAUGGAUUUAGAACCACGUGUUCAAGCUCUACUUGAGGUUUUACCUAACCGACAAACCGCUGACAUAUUGGAGCAACUUCGUAUUAGCAAGCAGACAUUGGUUGAAUUGGGUUCAAGAGCAGGGGCUCUCAAACAAAUGUUGCUUGAUAUUCUUGAGGACCCUCAUGAAAUCCGCCGUAUCUGUGUCAUGGGAAGAAACUGCACUCUUAAGAAAGGAAGUGAUGACAUGGAAUGCUCUGUUCCCCUAGAAAAGCAAAUUGCCGAGGAAGAGGAGGAAGAAAUUGAAAUGCUUCUGGAAAAUUAUCUUCAAAGAUGUGAAUCUUGUCAUGGUCAAGCAGAGAGACUUCUCGAUUCUGCAAAAGAAAUGGAAGACUCAAUUGCUGUCAACUUAAGCGCUCGGAGGCUUGAGUUGAGUAGAGUGGAAUUGCUACUUCAAGUUGGGACAUUCUGUGUUGGAGUGGGUGCUUUGGUUGCAGGUAUAUUUGGCAUGAACUUAAAGUCAUAUCUUGAAGAACAUGUGUUCGCAUUUUGGCUGACAACGGCGGGGAUAAUUGUCGGUGCUGUUGUUGCAUUUUUUCUGAUGUAUUCAUAUCUCAGGGCAAGGAAAAUACUGUAAACUUCAGAGAAUCAAAAGUGUGAUGCCAGCACCGGUGUAGUAUGAUUGGAAAGAGCUGUUGGGCCAGAUAUGCAUACAAGUAGCGCUUCAUUACUCCAAGAUUUUAGGGAAUAGUUUUUUUUUUUUUUUUUUUCAGUAAGUAAUUACUACUUUUUAUAUAUAUUUUUAAUGACGGAGGAACCCCUCCAAGGCCCACAUUGGACCAACAACUGCGCAGCGUAAAUCCCACCA